AUGUUUAGGUCAUUGCUUUCUACAUUUUUUGUGACAAGAAGAACGAACGCUGAGCACUCAGUAACCUUUUAUCUCUUUUUAGACUAGCCUCCACAAGUUUCGCCCGGCUUCAUUCUUGUUGCUUUUGCGGCUACAGCUAGAGACAGCCUGCGGGUUAGCUAGUUCACUUUGAUAAAUAGGCUACGACGAGAGUGCCGGAGCUAACCGACUUAGAUCCGUCAACUCAUGGGCAGAGGCCUGCAUUCGGUUUUUCAUUGGACUGCCGGGAGGGUCGCGCAAAUUGUUGAUUCUUAAUAAGAAUUUGCAAGACCAAGACCAAGACCCCCACGGCAGUCUGACAAAAUUAGAACAAUCGGGCGCCUCGUGAGGCCGACUGACUGGGUCGCUGUGCGCACAGCUGGUGGGAUUUCUUCCUUCAUCGAACGCCUUUCGGCAGAUAUAUUUCGCCAGAUAGGCGCAACUUGCCGGAGAGACGAUCUGCGUCAGACUGACGCCUUCCGCCAGGCCGACGCUGUGCGGCAGACCGUGCUGAAGCUUUUCGGCAAGCUGACGUCUGUCGUCAGGCUGACGCACUUCGUCAGACGUUUCUCUUGCGUCAGACUGAGGCCCUUCGUCGGACUGACGUCUUUCGUGGUCGGAGUGGCGUCUCUCGUCAGAUGGGUCGAAGCUUUUUGUCCAGACGGCGGCUCGUCAGACCGACGCACCUCGUCAGACUUCUUCUUUGCAUCAGAGUGAGGCGUUGGUUGCGAGCGUCACACCGGCGCCUUUCAUAGUCGGCCCGACGUCUUUCGUCUGACGUCUUUCGCCUGACGUCUUUCGUCUGACGUCUUUCGUCUGACGUCUUUCGUCUGACGUCUUUCGUCUGACGUCUUUCGUCUGACGUCUUUCGUCUGACGUCUUUCGUCUGACGUCUUUCGUCUGACGUCUUUCGUCUGACGUCUUUCGUCUGACGUCUUUCGUCUGACGUCUUUCGUCUGACGUCUUUCGUCUGACGUCUUUCGUCUGACGUCUUUCGUCUGACGUCUUUCGUCUGACGUCUUUCGUCUGACGUCUUUCGUCUGACGUCUUUCGUCUGACGUCUUUCGUCUGACGUCUUUCGUCUGACGUCUUUCGUCUGACGUCUUUCGUCUGACGUCUUUCGUCUGACGUCUUUCGUCUGACGUCUUUCGUCUGACGUCUUUCGUCUGACGUCUUUCGUCUGACGUCUUUCGUCUGACGUCUUUCGUCUGACGUCUUUCGUCUGACGUCUUUCGUCUGACGUCUUUCGUCUGACGUCUUUCGUCUGACGUCUUUCGUCUGACGUCUUUCGUCUGACGUCUUUCGUCUGACGUCUUUCGUCUGACGUCUUUCGUCUGACGUCUUUCGUCUGACGUCUUUCGUCUGACGUCUUUCGUCUGACGUCUUUCGUCUGAUGUCUUUCAUGUCUUUCGUCUGACGUCUUUCGUCUGACGUCUUUCGUCAGACGUCUUUCGCCGGCCGUCUUUCGUCGGACGUCUUACGUUCGUCGAACGUCUUUCGUCAGACGACUUUCGUCAGACGUCUUUUGUCAGACGUCUUUCAUCCGACGGCUUUCGUCGGACGUCUUUCGUCGGACGUCUUUCGUCGGACGUCUUUCGUCGGACGUCUUUCGUCGGACGUCUUUCGUCGGACGUCUUUCGUCGGACGUCUUUCGUCAGACGUUUCCGGCAGAGGGCUUUCGUCAGCGAAACGUCUUGCGGCAGACGUCGUUCAUCGGACGCCUUUGCUUCGUCCUGCUCAGACGUCUUUCGGCAGACUUCUCUCCGCAGCUUCUACUUUCGUCCCUACCCCCGUCGGGCAUUUUUCUGGCUCCUUUUCUGGGAGUCUGCUAGGGGGCGGCUUCGCCUGUCGCGCGAAGAAAACGGUCGGAGACUAUCGAUCGUGGCCCAGGGGAAGGAGUCGGAAAGUAUGGCCAAUUGCCGGAAGGUAGAUGCGGGCCGAGCUCUGGUGGGCUCAGGUGGAAUUUUGUGGCGGUGAUUAAUAUAAGGAGACUACUAACAUACUUUUUGGAAUGUUUUCCUCGCACUAUCCACUUAUAUAUAGUAAUAGUAAUUGUAGAAAGAUUAUUUUCCUCUGAUUUCGCAAUCGCGGUCGUUAGCGCUCCUCUCGCAGCUACUUCCGGUUCCGGUGUAGUGUCUCGCAGCGACUGGGCGCCACCCAGCCAGGACUCUGCAUCCGGGGAAGGGGCAGAGAGAUAUUGCGCAUUGAUUUUGUCUUGUCUGAUGGUCGUGGUGAGCGUGAGAUAGAAAUUUGAUUAUAAAUGAGACUAGGUAGCUUGUCCUUGUCAGCUAACACGCUAGAUUUGAACAUACGAAGUCUCCGUGUUGUAUUUUAGUCGUGUGUUGUUUGUCUUCAUGCGCAGGAAUGAAUAGCUAAUUCCCAUUGGUGAUAGUGAUUUCAGUCAUUUUUCGUUCAUGUGUGCCCGCUUUUGUGGUAUCAGCAACAGAUUCCUGAUCUUUGACAUAGAAAUGCAUAUGUGAUCAUAUGUACGUCUGACUGUAAAUGUUUUGCGGAACAAAUUAAUCUUCGUCAUAUUCAGCCUAUCAUGUUAUCGUUAUAUCAACACCUGUCUAAUAAACUACAUCAAAAUAGUACCUCCCAAUUAAACAAAGUACGAAAUGAACAAGAACAACAACAAAUACUACAACAUCUUCAUCUGUUUUUGUGUAUCACGUUGUUCUUGCAUUUUCCAAGUUCAAAUUCUCGACUUGCAUCAUGACGUAGUGAUCACUCUCUCUCUGCCAAAUUAAGGACGUAGGGAGUAGCAGCUACGGAUUAACCGCAAAAGCCUAAGUCAUCGCAGGUACUACCACGCAUUCUUUUCUUCAUUACCUAGUUAUUCGACUGUAACUUAGCAAUCACCUUUGGAAAAACUACGUACAAGUCUGACAUCAACAUUAAACACAGAAAAAUACAUACAUCGACGACUAUUUUGUGGGGACCACGAUAUUGUUUGUCUGAACUUUGACUCAAACCCGAAAGAAAGUGAGUCUUCGAGCGCCGCAAUUCGAGGGUGCGACUUCGUGUUGUUCAUCUGAUAGGAUAAAGUAGCUGGCUCUAAGGAUGUUCCUGACGAGCAGGUGCCC